AUGAAAAAUGCGAUGUGGAGGUAUAUCGUGUCAUUGGCGCCAUUCUUUGUAAUCGUAUAUCCUCAACCUCCACCUUCACCAUGGGCUCAGAGUCAGGCCUUGAGACAGCAGACUGCCAGGCUUGGCGCGGAUCGCCCUUGUUAUCCGUCUGGUCCGAAUCCGCCGCAAAUGGCGCCAAUUGCGACACCGGCUUCGAUGCCUCCGCCGACGCCGUUCGUUCAUUCGCCGCAGGCAAUUCCCGGUUCGCCGAUUGAGUUUCCACUUCUGAAUGAACAGAGUGCACCGUCGGGGCAGGUUCGGCAUUCGGAUCAAGGUCCUUUGGGUCGGGAAGUCGUGACAGUCUACAGAAGGGCUGAGACAUCACUGACUCAACUGCCGCUACAACCUGGGCCUUCUUUUACUGGGGAUUUACAGGUAGGUUUGACAGUAUAUUGUAUUCAUAACGGACAGUAAAAUAACGUUUACUGUAUAAACACGUUUAACUUUGACUUUCAGAUAGCGCAUCCACCUUCCCCGCACGAAAGAGAUUGGGUAUUGGCUACAGGGAACGAAACCGCGAUUGACAAUGUUUUAGCCAUCUCUUUGAUGUAUGGUGGUCGAUUAGCGUCGAUGGGAUUCUUUUAUCGUGGCACAGACAUAUUUUACUAUGCCAUCAUGCACAAAUACAGUGGCCCUGUGUUUUUGAAGCCCAAUCCUUACACUUAUACCGAGCUGAUGAGGGUGGCGCGGUAAGUUGUUAACGUUCUAUAUUAUUAUAGUGUUGAUAUCAGUCUUUCCACUAAAGAAUGUUACAGCUGCACGGUGCAGUCUCCGAGAAAAUCGCGCCUUUUUUAUUCCGCUGCACAGUGCAAAUUUCCCGCGCGAUCACCCGAUACAGCCAACGAUGUGAGGAUAGAUUGCACAGUGCAAUCCCUUCAGUGUCGCACCGGUCGGUUGUCGCAGGAUUCAAUGACUUGCAACAGUCAAAAAAACGUGUCGCAAUCCUCCCAUUGAACACAGUUGUGGCUUGAGCGUUGCGACAACCGCGACACACUGUCGCAUCGCCAUUCGAAGCGCGACACGACAGUUUGCCGCAAAGCUUUGCACUUGCGACAUUGCGAUUUCCAUUGGGAUGUCGCCGGGUGCAAGCGACUGUCGCAGACCUUGUCGCUUGUCGCCCAAUUCUCGGCGCGACAGCGAUUCCUUCAAACUGCACUGUGCAGUUUUGUAACAUUCUUUUCGGGAAAGACUGAUAUGUUAUUUUAUCAGUCGUUCCACUAAAGAAUUACACAACUGCACUGUGCAGUUCCUGGGAAAAUCGCGCCCUUUUUUAUUCCCCUGCACUGUGCAGAUUCCCCCGCGAUCGCUUACAACACCAAGCGAUGCUGGAAAGACUGCACAGUGCAAGCCCCCAAUUGUCGCACCGGUCGUUUGUCGCUGGAGUCAGGGGACUUGCGACAGUCAAAAGAAACUUGUCGCAAACCUUCCACUGAUCACAGUGGUGGGUUGGGCGUUGCGACAACCGCGACACGCUGUCGCAAGGCUUUGCACCUGUGACAUUGCAAUACCCCUUUUGAUGUCGCAGGGUGCAAGCGAAUGUCGCACAACUCGCUGUAUGUCGCGCGACGUCCCCCAAUUCUCGGCGCGACAGCGAUUUCCCCAAAUUGGAGUUUGCGAUUUUGUGUAAUUCUUUAGUGGAAAGACUGAUAUUUCGCGAAAUAACAUUGAUUAUGAUUAUCUUGUCGUGUAGAUGGGACAGAGAGGCUUGGACAAAACAUUUUUGGGUUUAUAGGUGUUGAUUUUAGUACAAAUUCAACUUUUUUGAAAUAAAAUUAUAGGGAGAAUGAAGAAGUCGAACUAGGACUGACUCAGUUAUGUGGACAAGACAACGGGCAAGGAAAAGUAACUUUCUCGACGUACUGGGAGAAGAUUCCAGGUAUUUCUUUCAAAGUAAGUUUACAUAACUGUCUUGAUCGGGCUUCAUUUUAUCGCUGUUCCAAUCCAAAUAUGUCCGCAAUUUAAAAAAAAAAUUGAAAAAUGUACUAAACGCUGGCAAAAUGAAUUAGAAACUUUCAGAUUUGGUUCCCCGGUACUCGAGAAGCUGAAAUGCAGAGAAUCAAGUUUGAAAAUGAAGGAUAUCGACUCACAAGCUUAUGUGGUUACAGUGUCAAGGUAUAUUUCAACUUUUCUGUUCAACUUUAACCUAGAACUAAGUAUAUUAUUGAUUUAAACCUAUAUUAACACAUUUUUCAGAACCGAGCUCAGUACGUUGGAGUAUGGUCCAAGCCUGCCCUCUCCAACACUCCAUACGAAGCGUACUACGGCUUAACAAUGACGGAAUGCCUAGAAAAGGACAAGUCUCUGAAAGCCAAAGGCUAUGUCGCCGUCCAGUUCAGAGUGUUCAACAACGGAAAUGAUGUAGGUAACGAGAUGUUCUGUUAUCUUGUACUUGACAGGUUCUAUGCGCUGCCAUCUGGGAGUAUCAACCAAAGAAGUGGCAUACGAUUGAAUGGGGCACAGAGUUACAGGCGAUUCAGAAGAAAGUCACACAAUACAGUAACUCUCUGCCUAGGAGUCGCCUGCCACGACAAGUGUCACACUACAUCGACGCGGAGCAGAAGGUGACAUACGUUGUGUUGUGGAGUGACUUACACUCGUUUAGGUAUCCAAACCCACCUGAAAUCUGGGCUAACAAAAGGUAAGUUGAGGUAUGUUUGGAAGAGGUUAAAAUACAUUUUUUGGGUAUAAAAUUAUUGGAGGGCAUGUACUGUUAAUUUGGGGAGGUUUUUUGGAAUGGGUGAUUUCUUUAUAAGUUUUAAUUAUUUGGGAGGGGUAAAAAAAGCACUUGCUUUGCUACAACAGUUGUAUCAGCAUCAAAGUGCUCUCCAGAAAUACGACUUUGGGUCUUUGCGCAACUUGUUACGAAAUAGAACGACAAAUUGCGGCAAAACAAUAGUUUAAAAUUUUAGUUUUUGCAAAAAAGUUAAGUUUCAAUGAAAAUACAUAAGACUCGUUACCUAUAAAAAGAUAUUCGUUAUAUAAGUGAAUCAUUCAAGAGUUUUAUUAUCAUAUAAUACUGACCUGUAUACUACUGUAACUUUAAUUCCAGUCAUAUCCCAACCACCUACCUUCCCGGCACAACCGACCUACUGAAGUCGGACCAACUCGAGUUCAUCGUGAAGCGAGUCGAACAUUUUAUGAGAGAUUUGGACAUUCCUGGCCUUUCAGUGGCCAUCUCCAAGAAUGAGCGACUAAAGUUCGCGGCCGGUAUGUUUGGGACUGGAUUACAUUAUAGAAGUUUAGGAUUCGGUUACAGUAAUGUCAGAAGACAAGAACUCGUCACUCCGAUGCAUCAAUUUCGUGUUGGAUCAGUUUCGAAGCCCAUAACGGCUGCCGCGAUAUUAACAUUGGUGGAUCAGGGAAGACUGAGGCUGGACCAGAAGGUUUUUGGACCGGAUUCGCUUUUUGGUACAGUUACUUCAAAUUCGAUAUCUUUGGACUAAAACCUAAAUUUUUGAUAUUAACAUAGACUUUAUUAUUGAAUUUUAGGCCCAAUUUUAAACUGUAAUACCUGUAGUUUACUUGCAGUCAGGGCCGGGCGCGAGGGGGGGGGACCCCCCCCCCCCCCAGAAAAAAAUUUUCAAAAAAAUUUGAACGUGGUCCCCCCCCCCUGUGGAUUUUUGGAAAAAAAUUUUCGCAAAAAAUCGGCAAAGUGCCGAUUUUUUGGACCCCUGCCCCCAGACCAAAAGUCCCCGCCCGGCCCUGCCUGCAGUCAUUUUAAAAUGUAAUUUUUUACCUUAUAUUUACCAUCCUUAUCCCCUCCCAAUUUCAGGAGCUGAAUUCUCUCGCAAGAAGCCCUACGGCCGUUACGUGACAGACCUGACCGUGAGGAACCUUCUCGAACACACAUCCGGCAAGAUUACCCUCCAAUUUUAAACAAUAUGAUCGUAUUUUAGGUGGCUGGAACAACCUCGAAAACGACCCUGCUUGGAUUGAACCUCGGAAACCGACUUCAGAACUCAUCGGAAUGGUACUGGAGUCUCAACAGUUGGUCUUCAAGCCUGGUAAAACAUGGAUCUACUCCAACUUUGGGUACCAGUUGCUGGGACACAUCAUUGAGAGGAUCAGUGGGAUGAGUUACGAACAGUUUGUGAAGAAGCACGUGUGGGAGAGGGUGGGGGUGGAUGAGAUUCAGAUUGCCAGGCCGACGAUCGCUGAGAAGUCACGGUAGGGAAGAUUUUAAUUUCAAAUCAAAAUUUUUGAAAUUAUAAACGGUUUUUAAAAUAAAAUCUUUUUUUUUGAUGUUAUGUUAGCUACAAAUCAUUCCAAAAUAAAACUUUUCAGCCGAGAAGUGUUCUACUACAUGUCAGGCAACCGUGUAGGCUUCAAUCCCUACGAGAUGCCUCCGCCCGAGCGUACUGGGCCUUGGGGAGGAUGGAUCGCGUCCCCAAUAGAACUACUGAAAAUAAUGUCGCAUUUGGACGGGUUCUCUUACCGUGCUGACCUUCUGAGUCCGUGGGCAUUGAAAGAAUGGACUAAACCGUCACCAGCCUCAAAUGGAACCUAUGGUUUAGGCUGGUCGAUCAAUGUAAUGGGCUUUAAUGGAUGGCAACAUGAUGGACGAAUGCCUGGUUCGGCUUCGAUGUUGGUGAGGUUAGACAAUGGAUUGGAAAUGGCAGUGGUUGUGAAUAAGGUAAGUUCAGAGGGGAUGUUUUUCAAAAAAAUGUAAAUGUAAGAAGUAAAAUAAUAUAUAAAUUACAGGAGUAUAGUGAAAGAGACUUUUUCCACGAACUCGGCUACAUUCUACAUCAUAUUGGCCAGAACUGUGAUUGGUGGUCGCGGCCUGAUGUGGAUUUGUUCACAAUGAACUCGUUAAGGGUGUAG